GGAACAGCUCCGUCAAGCAGCAAUACUGAAGACAGAGAAGACGUCCAACCAACAACACUGAGAACAGGACAAAGCUGGUGUCAGCAGACUCCACCAAAUCUGGACGUUCUUCAGGAGAUCAACAACCAGAUCAGCAGUCAGUAUGGCAGCAGCAGACAGAGCAACUUCUCUUCCAAAAGAAAUAGAAAUGAAGGGACAGUUUGGUUGUUGACCUCUGAGUCAACGGUAGGCUGUAACAGUUGGAAUCUGUGAGAAAGAAAUAGAACCGGUCCAGAACCGAACCACGGCACCGCUCAGAUCCAGAAGCAUCAGGACAGACAGAAGGAUCUGCUCCUCGCUGAGGCGGCGUUGGAACACCUCCUCUGAUUCCUCCAAACACAAACGGGUUUGAAUGUGCUGCAGGAAAAGGGCGUGAGCGCUCGGAGGUGAGUUGCCUCAUAGGAGCUCAUAAAAGGGCAGGUGUGCAGCAGGUGGACUCACAACAUCAUGAGGUUCUUCACCUGCGGAGUCCUGCUGCUGGCCCUCACGGCUACAGGAGGAGAUGCACAGAUCGAUGUCUGUGGCAAAGCUGCCCUCAACACCAAGGCGGAGUCCAGGAUCGUUGGAGGCCAGGCUGCGACUGCGGGGUCGUGGCCCUGGCAGGCCAGGCUGCUGAUCCCGGUGACCGGGGGGACGGCUCUCUGUGGGGGGUCUCUGAUCAACAGCCAGUGGAUCCUGAGUGCUGCUCACUGUUUCAGCAGCACCAGUACCACAGGUGUGGUUGUUAACCUGGGAGAGACUCAGAUAAACAACAGUCCGAACUCCGUGAGCCGGAGUGUGUCCCAGAUUAUUGUACAUCCAAACUACAACAGCCAAUCUCAGGACAACGACGUUUCUCUGCUGAAGCUGUCCUCGUCUGUGACCUUCAACGACUACAUCAGCCCCGUUUGUUUGGCGGCAGCGGGCAGCGACUUCCCCGGCGGGACCACCGCCUGGGUCACCGGCUUUGGGACUCUUUCAUUUCAAGGUUCUGCGUCUUCAACCCUGCAGGAAGUCAGUGUUCCCAUCGUGUCCAACACUCAGUGUAGCGCUUCUUAUGGUUCGAUCACCAACAACAUGAUCUGUGCCGGUCUGACAGAUGGAGGGAAAGAUUCCUGUCAGGGAGACUCCGGCGGUCCGCUGGUGAGUGAGCAGAGUGGACGCUGGAUCCUGGCAGGAAUUGUGAGCUUUGGACGAGGUUGUGCUCUACCUAAUUUCCCAGGAGUCUACGCAAGAGUGUCCGAGUACCAGACCUGGAUCGAUACCCAAAUCACCAGCAACCAGACGGGCUUCAUCGUCUUCAACUGCAACAAAACUGACCUCAGUGGGUCGUGUUCUGGAGAGCCACCAAUUACAAAUGGCACUACCAGUAGUACCACCACUACAACGCCUGAUGUACAUCAAACUACAACUACAAGCCCACCAGAAACCACCACACCCAAAG